AUUAUUAUUAUUAUUUAUGUUUCCUUUCUAUAGAGUUGAGCUUUGUCCUUUAGGGAUUUUAUGUGGUUUUGUACUGCCUUUUCGUAAUUUUGUUUUCAUGCAAUAAAAAAAGCUCACCGGCGUCAUCUUGUGCACCAAGUCCAUACAGUAGGUGGCGGUAAUACUUCUAAGGAGUGAGCGGCCAUUAACCAGACGAAGAAGAAGAAGCAUCGUUGCUAUGACGUCAUCAGUUUCUUCACUCAUUCAGUCCGCGCGCGCGCUUGUGUCUUCUGAGGCCUGAUGGAGGACAGUGAAGUGGAGGAGAAACAUCAUGUCACAAUUGGAGAAAUAGACCAGGAAUGUUUCAUCUGCGGUCAGUGUGGAAAUAGUUUCACAUGUAAACAGAGUCUCGAGGAUCACAUGAAGAUCCACACUGAAGAGAAACUGCAUGAAUGUGAUCAAUGUGGCAAAACAUUUUUGAGGGCUUCAGCCCUGAAGAGCCACCUGAAAUAUCAUUCAAAGGAGAAACCACAUUCAUGUUCUUUGUGUGGAAAGAGUUUCAAAGGUAAACACGGUCUCAAGGUUCACAUGAGGAUCCACACUGGAGAGAAACCGUUUACAUGUGAUCAGUGUGGGAAGAGAUUCAGAGAACAAGAAACCUUUAAGGAUCACAUGAUGAUCCACACUGAAGAGAAACUGCAUGAAUGUGAUCAAUGUGGCAAAACAUUUUUGAGGGCUUCAGGCCUGAAGAGCCACCUGACAGUUCAUUCACAGGAGAAACCACAUUCAUGUUCUUUGUGUGGAAAGAGUUACAAAGGUAAAGACGGUCUCAAGGUUCACAUGAUGAUCCACACUGGAGAAAAACCGUUCACAUGUGAUCAGUGUGGGAAGAGUUUUAGACAAUCAAACAGUUUAAAAGCACACAUGACCAUCCACACUGGAGAAAAGCCGUACGAAUGUGAUCAAUGUGGCAGACUAUUUCCGAGGGCUUCAGGCUUAUACACCCACAUGAAAGUUCAUUCACAGGAGAAACCAUAUUCAUGUUCUUUGUGUGGAAAGAGUUUUUCACUGAUGCAAAGUUUAAAAGAACAUCAGAAAAGACAUACUGGUGUAAAAGAUCAUAAGUGCUUGGAGUGUGGGAAGAGUUUUGUUACAGCUGCACAUUUGAAACUUCACUGGAGGACUCACACUGGAGAGAAACCUUACAAGUGUUCAUACUGCGACAAGAGAUUCAGACGGACGGGACAUCUGAAAACACACGAGAUGAUCCACACUGGAGAGAAACCUUACACUUGUGAUCAGUGUGGGAAGAGUUUCACUCAAAUAUCUUCUCUACUCAGUCAUAGAAAAUACAAUCAUAAGUAGAUCUUCUUCAGAUCCAGCGCUGUCAAGCGUGAAGCCACAUCCUCACCGAACGUGACACAAUAAUACCAUCGAGUGAUAAAAUCUCUUUUAUUUACUGUAAAUCUGUCCUAACCAGCCACAACGAAACAUCAUCUAAAUUUGUCACAUUGAAUAAAGUUCAUAUUCAAAACCAGAAGUUUCAACUGUGAGAUUCAGAUGGACAAUAUCUAGAUGUUUUAUUUUUGUAUAUCAUUUUGCUUUAUUAUGAGUUAAAUGAAGGAAAUUCAAAGUUUUUCUUUUAUUAAACUUCUUGGUUUUAGUUUAGAGUUGUUGUUUUUUUUUUUUGUAGAGAGAUCAGUCUCAUUAGUUAAUAGUAAAAUGUGUUUGCUGUAUCGCAUGCGUUUGUAGUGGGAAGUUCAGAACAUUUUAUUGACUAGUUCACCUCAAUCUCUGAUCCAAUAAUUAAUAGGAAGACACAAGAGAAAUAAAGUUGCUAAAGCAUACACUGAAUCCAUAUCAUUUUCCCAUGCUUAUUUAUAUCUCUGAUGAGGAUUGAUACUUCAGUCGACAAAUAUAAACAUUAGAUCGUUUUGUGUGGAUAAAGAGAUCCCUGUGAAUCAACAGGAGAAAGAUCGAAAGAUCUCUGCGUAUCUCGUUGAAUUACGACACUGAGGUACACAAAUAUAAGAAGGAUGUUUUCUUUCAUCUCUGAUAGACCACCAUCUUCUCUUUAAUUAAAAAAAUAAACAAACAUUAAUUAUACCCUGCCAAGUUUCUUGCACCAAAUUUAAGUGUCCCUAAUAAGGGCAUGAGCGGAAGUAACCAUGCCAUAAUUUGAUUUCUUCAUUUUCUGAAAAGGACUUUUUAACUUUUGGUGUAAUAAUGGAAGAUGGACAAAUUCAAUUUCUACUGAACAAUAUUUUCAUUUUGGGGAAAUUUUAUAUUCAUAAAUGUAAUCGUCAAAGCCAUUUUCUGUUUUUCAGAAAUAUUUUUGGAUUUUCUUUGAAUCUAUAAGAAUUGUAAAAUUGAAAAGUUGAAGUAGACUACUUGGUUUAUUGAAGAAUUUUAAACUAUAGAAGACCUUGAUGUAUAAUAUUAUUAUUAUUAUUAUUUAUUUAUUUAUUUUUAUUUAUGUUUCCUUUCUAUAGAGUUGUGCUCUGUCCUUUAGGGAUUUUAUGUGGUUUUGUACUGCCUUCUUGUAAUUGUGUUUUCAUGCAAUAAAAAAGCUCACCGGCGUCAUCUUGUGCACCAAGUCCAUACAGUAGGUGGCGGUAAUACUUCUAAGGAGUGAGCGGCCAUUAACCAGACGAAGAAGAAGCAUUGCCGCUCUGACGUCAUCAGUAUCGCUCAUUCAGUCCGCGAGCGCGCUUGUGUCUUCUGAGGCCUGAUGGAGAACAGUGAAGUGGAGGAGAAACAUCAUGUCACAACUGGAGAAAUGGACCAGGAAUGUUUCAUCUGCGGUCAGUGUGGAAAUAGUUUCACAUGUAAACAGAGUCUCGAGGAUCACAUGAAGCUCCACACUGAAGAGAAACUGCAUGAAUGUGAUCAAUGUGGCAAAUCAUUUUUGUGUACUUCAUCCCUGAAGAGCCACCUGAAAGUUCAUUCUCAGGAGAAACCACUUUCAUGUUCUUUGUGUGGAAAGAGUUUAAAACACAAACUGAGUCUUGAGAAUCACAUGAUGAUCCACACCGGAGAGAAACCGUUCACAUGUGAUCAGUGUGGGAAGAGUUUUAGACAAUCAUACAAUUUAAAAGAACACAUGAACAUCCACACUGGAGAAAAGCCGUACGAAUGUGAUCAAUGUGGCAGACUGUUUUCGAGGGCUACAGGCCUACACACCCACAUGAAAGUUCAUUCACAGGAGAAACCAUAUUCAUGUUCUUUGUGUGGAAAGAGUUUUUCAUAUCUUCAGAGUUUAAAAGAACAUCAGAAAAGACAUACUGGUGUAAAAGAUCAUAAGUGCUUGGAGUGUGGGAAGAGUUUUGUUACAGCUACACAUUUAAAACGUCACUGGAGGUCUCACACUGGAGAGAAACCUUACAAGUGUUCAUACUGCGACAAGAGAUUCAGACGGACGGGACAUCUGAAAACACACGAGAUGAUCCACACUGGAGAGAAACCUUACACUUGUGAUCAGUGUGGGAAGAGUUUCACUCAAAUAUCUUCUCUACUCAGUCAUAGAAAAUACAAUCAUAAGUAGAUCAUCUUCAGAUCCAGCGCUGUCAAGCGUGAAGCCACAUCCUCACCGAACGUGACUCAAUAAUACCAUCGAGUGAUAAAAUCUCUCUAAUUUACUGUAAAUCUGUCCUAACCAGUCACAACGAAACAUCAUCUAAAUUUGUCACAUUGAAUAAAGUUCAUAUUCAAAACCAGAAGUUUCAACUGUGAGAUUCAGAUGGACAAUAUCUAGAUGUUUUAUUUUUGUAUCUCAUUUUGGUUUAUUAUGAGUUAAAUGAAGGAAAUUCAAAGUUUUUCUUUUAUUAAACUUCUUGGUUUUAGUUUAGAGUUGUUGUUUUUUUUUUGUAGAGAGAUCAGUCUCAUUAGUUAAUAGUUUGUGUUUGCUGUAUCGCAUGCGUUUGUAGCGGGAAGUUCUGAACAUUUUAUUGACUAGUUCACCUCAUCUUCUAUCCGAAAUAAAGUUGCUAAAGCAUACACUGAAUCCA